CUUGAACACGUCGGAGCAGAAAAAGUUUUUUUCCGGAAGCCGCUCAGGCAAAACGAAACUGUCACAAACUUUGACAGGGGAGACUUCUACUCGUCUUUAAAUCCUUUAUAUAGAAGUUGAGGUUUUUUUUGACCAAACAAAACAAAACAAAACAAAAUGCAGGGCAGCGCUUACGGGGCCUCGCUGGCUGGCGGUGCUUUCGAUGUGGUGAAUUUUGCGAGACAGCCUCAAACCAUCUUGCGCUGCCUGAGCUGGGUGUUCUCCAUCGUGGUCUUUGCAAGCAUCACGGCAGAAGGCUACAUGAACCCAUUGGAGGCGGAAGACACCAAAUGCAUGUUCAACAAAAACGACAGCGCCUGCAGCUACGGGGUCGGGAUCGGGGUCCUGGCCUUCCUGGCUUGUGUGGUCUUCCUCGUACUGGAUGCCUACUUCCCACAGAUCAGCAAUGCCAAGGAGAGAAAAAUGAUUGUCAUGGGAGAUUUGAUCUUCUCAGGGGCUUGGACGUUUCUGUGGUUCGUCUGCGCCUGUCUGCUGGCCAACCAGUGGUCCAAAACCGCCGACUCGUCUGUCAUCGCCAAGGACGCCGCCCGAGCCAUCGUGACCUUCUCAUUCUUCUCCGUCGUCACUUGGGGUCUGUUGUUUUACUUUGCGUUCGGAAGGUACCUCGAGGGCGUCAGCGACUUCGACCAGGGGUACAGGGACCCGGCCAACGACCACAGCACGCCGUACCCGCCGUCUCCGUACGCCAGCAGCAGCAGCGGGCCGGCGGGAUACCAGCAGUCGCCUUUCUCCAACAACCAGGAGCAGCCGGGAGAGUACCAGCCUCCAGCUUAUUGAAGUCCAACAGGGGAGUUUGCUUUUUGUUUUGUUUUGUUUUUUUAAAUAAACGUGUGCCAACGACUUCAUCCACAACUCUGUUCUCUGCGUUCCCUUUCACCCUCUGCAGGAUGUGUUUGCGUUUAGUUUGGCUGCACUGAGGUGUUCUUACUUCAUAGUGUUGUAAGUUGUGUGGUGGCGGAUUGCUGCGCUGUUCAAAGUGCCACACAGAGCGGGGGAACUCUGGAGAUUUAUAUGGAUAUAUCUAUAUCUAUAUAUAUAUAGAUAUAGAUAUGGGUUUUUGGGGGGGAUAGACAGAGAUUGUCAUGGACAGACAUUGUUGUCAUUGUACCAAACCAGCUGAAGUUCUUUUUAUGCCCCUUUUUUGUUUAGGACAUCAGUGCAAAGCUGUUCACUUCUAAGCACUAAUCAACCAAUCAGCUUCACAGAGAUGCCGGGAAGUCUGCUUUUCCUUUUUUGAGAUUAAUAACAACUAAUUGUCUUUUAAAUGUGUUACUUUUGACUACAUCAUAGUUUUUUUGUUUUUCAUUACUGCCAGUCAUAUACGGCAGUUCAACUAUAAUUUACUGAUGGAGUUCAGUAGAUUUUUUCCUAUGUUACUUAAUUAACGAUUGCAUUGAAAUGUGCCCUCUACAACUACUGUAAUGCCAUGCUCCUUUCCUAGUUAUCAACCACUGAAAAUGGCUUUCAUGCACUGAAAAGCUCAGUUAAUUUCUUUAGGGCAGUUAGUUGCCAUUAUUGGAAUUUUUAUUUAUGAUUUUAAAUCAAUUCUGCCAGCUAUUAUUUAGUAUUCAUCAGCUACCUCUGUAGAAGUAUAAAGUGCUCUCCUUGAGUUCACUCUUAAGUAUCUAAUUGAGUAAAUGUUCCAGCCAUGAAUAGUUUUCAGGAAUUCGGUGAUGUUGUGCUAAAUUGGUAUAUUUAUUAUUUUUCUCAAUCCUUUAGUCCAGCUACAUGACAAUCAAACUAUAUUUGUUUCCAAAUGACUUUAUGCUCCCGCUUCUCGUACACUGUAGUUUUGCAUGUGUUGCAGUUUCGCUGCUCAGUGGCUUUACAAUAACUCCCCAUUGCCUUUGUACAGUAUUCUGUAUCACGCAGGAUUUGCCAAAUAAAAACUGUUGAUGUUUUUAAA